AUUUCUUCAACGUUUAUCGAGUGUAGUGACGAUGAUUCGACUUCUGUAACUUUCCAGUGAUCGAACCAGAAAUCAUCCGUCGAUGGGUCUGUGCUCUGUGAUAGAAUAGUAAUUGUGCAUUUCACGGUUUACCUGCAGUGUGCAUUUAUAUCUGACCUAAGGAAUUCCGGAUCGAUUGAAAAUGUCGAAAAAACAACAAGAAUUACGAGUGGCAAUUCUGGCCGUGACGUUCUUAGCGACUAUCGUAAAUGCGAUGGCGUCUUCAGAAGCGUCCAAUUCCAGUCUGCCAACGAAUCACAAACCAAGUCCUUUCGUCGUCCAAAAAAGCUUCAAGCCAAGCGUGAACAACACAUUGCUGAAAAUGGAGGCAAGAAUAAACGUCGAGGACGGUCUAGACCUGACGCAAUUCGAGGCAAAAGAGAGCUUGCGGAAGCCGUUGACGGUCUCCUUGCCGCUGAAAACCGACGUGUCGUAUGUAACGGCGGUCUCAGAGCCACGAAUAUCGUCUCUCACGGAGCCCCAGCGAGAGGGCGAAGUAUUCGAGGAUUCGAAAUACUCGAACCCAGUUGCCCCGGCGGUCCCAGAGGACAGGGGACUCCGCGUGGCGAACAUUGCCGGCAAGGACAGCUAUCUUGACGCCCUCGUACAUUCCCGGAUCAGCAAGGACGACAAGGAGGGUGUCGUGCCGAUGAGCGUCAGAGUCAACGGGCCGAAAAUCUUCCGCAGAGACUACAGCGAAGGUCCCGUUUACCGCCCUGAAUCCGAGCGCUACGGCGCCCCCGUAAAGAAUCAGGGCCCCGUUUAUGGGCCCCCAGAUUUCGAAGGUCCCACCGCACCCGCUCCGACCCAGCCGACGUUCUUCCCGACCCCCAGCAACUCUUUUUCGCUACCAGAACACUCCUUCGACAUUUUCGACCCCUCCACUGGAUACGGAAGCCCUUCACCCACCCACGGAAAACCACAGACGUCAUAUGGGGCCCCACAACCAUCCUACGGGGCCCCUCAAACUUCCUACGGGGCACCGCAAACUCCGCAGAACAGUUAUGGGCCCCCUUCGGUCAGCUACGGCCCACCACCACCACAGAACGUCUAUGGUCCACCAAGCAGUAGUUAUCUACCGGCUCAGGGUCCUCAGCAAGGUGAGGCCAGAGGCUAUGGCCCGCCGGCCCCGACUUAUGGGGCACCAUAUGCUUUGCCGGGAAUGCCGAGUCUGCCCUCGAUUCCAAUGAUCGACUUCACCUGGCCCUUUGCACUGAAGCUGAACGCUUUCACUUUGGCGAAGGUGAUAUUGAAGCUCGUGAUAUUCAAGCUCAUUGUUAAGUUCAUUGCCAUCAUUUGCCUUCUGCUGUUUAUACCGAAGCUGGAAACCGACAAGAAGGACGAUAAGCAGGAGGACGACUAUGAGGGUCGUGCUAACGGGGAUAUGGAUCGUCUCAAUUUCCUCACGGCUAUGGUUUUGGGCUCCAUCGAGAAGCAGUACGAAAAAAAUGAGAAAAUCGAUUGCACCUCGUUCACAUGUCGAUUCAGGAGAGCCCUUACUUACGGCGAAUCUUGGGCCGAUUAUCUCCGGCUCUUUAAUAGCUACGCAGUCGAGGAGGUGCAGAAGGUCGAAGAAAAUGAACGGGCUCAGCACGAAACGAAGAAGUCGUGACGGAGUGGAUAGUUCGCGAAAUUGGCACGAAAAAGGCCGUACAAUUAACGCCAUGACUGUAGAAUAGUAACUUAUUUAUUUAUUUAUUUAUUCGUAUUGUUUCAAAUACUUUAGGAAUAAAGUUACUUGGGUGAAAAAAAUCAUCCUCGAGUGAUUCAACGGUCCUCAAACUGACCUGCAUUUUGUCAUUACCACCUACACGCAUUCCAGCCUUAAUCGAAUUACCGAAAUUGCGGUUACUGCUCCGCUUCACCACAAACGACUAUCCCAAAUUGUCUAAUUU